AGUCGCGUCUUUGAUGACGGAGAAACGUUGGAGCGCAGAUUGUUUUUAUAACGCAAGAGACGUCCUACGUCACCACGUUAACCCUGAAGCGGAAGUGAACACGAGGGGUUCAGGGAAUCACCACGCACGUUGGGCUGCCGCGACCCCUUACUCAGGAUCAGAAGUGAACCCUCCUCUGCUUCACCAUGGCCGUGAGAGCGUCGUUUGAGAAAAACAACGAGAUCGGCUGCUUCGCCAAGCUGACCAACACAUACUGCCUGGUGGCCAUCGGCGGCUCAGAGAACUUCUACAGCGUGUUUGAAGGGGAAUUGUCAGAAACCAUCCCAGUGGUUCACGCUUCCAUAGCAGGCUGUCGCAUCAUAGGGAGGAUGUGUGUGGGUAACCGUCACGGUCUCCUGGUGCCCAACAGCACGACAGACCAGGAGCUGCAGCACAUCAGAAACUGCCUGCCCGACGCAGUCAGGAUCCAGAGAGUGGAGGAGAGGUUGUCUGCGCUCGGGAACGUCAUCGCCUGCAACGACUACGUAGCGCUGGUCCACCCCGACCUCGACAGGGAGACAGAGGAGAUCCUCGCAGACUCUCUGAAGGUGGAGGUUUUCCGUCAGACGGUAGCAGAGCAGGUCCUGGUCGGCUCCUACUGCGCUUUCAGCAACCAGGGAGGCCUCGUCCACCCGAAGACGUCUAUAGAAGACCAGGACGAGCUGUCGUCUCUGCUACAAGUUCCCCUAGUGGCCGGCACAGUGAACCGGGGCAGUGAGGUGAUCGCGGGGGGGAUGGUGGUCAACGACUGGUGCGCGUUCUGCGGCCUGGACACCACCAGCACCGAGCUGUCGGUCAUCGAGAGCGUCUUCAGACUCAGUGAUGCGUCACAGCCCUCCGCCAUCGCCACCAGCAUGAGGGACUCUCUGAUCGACAGCAUGGCGUAAGCCGCCUCUGCAGUGUCCUGCAGUUGAAGAGCUCUGCUGCGGUUCGCCUGGUCUCGCACAUUACGCCAACAAGCUGCUGGACCUCAUUUCUCAACUUUUAAAACACCUCCUUCCACACAGGACAGCUCACCUUCACUCAGAAGUCACAGCUCCCACCUGCAGCCAUGUUACAGCGAUCACAUCGUACCCUUUCCAGCAUUUGGUUUAAUGAGUCUAAAACCUUUCCUCUGGUUACCUGCGGUCAUCUCUGACAUCAGCUUUCUGCGAGGAAAUGAUCGGUUUCCAGUAAAAGAUCCUGGCAGUUGAAACAUGUUCAUCUGUACAUCCACCACCUCACCUCCACCGCUACUCAUUGUAGUAGUUUUUCAAAGUAAAGACUGUUGUUUAGAGAGGCCUGAAGUUGUUAACGUGGUGAUAAGGUUGCAGGAGGAUUUCUGCUACGACAAGGAAAAACUGGUGCAGAGGUGGCGAAAGACCACAUUUACAUACAAGUUGAGGAAUCUGAUUUCAGCCUUUGUGGCACUAAUGUGAAUAUUGUUUUAUCCAAACAGGUAGAAAUAUAAUUUAAAGUUUUCUCCCAGUUUGGAUAGACCAGACGUGACCAAGGCUGUGCUAAAAGGAAUUAAAAAUCAGUUUUAUUUUUGUGCCUGUAUCGUUAAAAAGCCACUAGAAAAACCCUGACCUUAACCUCUUUAGGUAGGAGGCUGUGUUCUGGAUGUAAUUCUUAACCCUGAGCGGAAACUGUCAGCUGCCUCGACAGAAUCGCCUCCCCGAUGCUUCGGCAACCCCGACGGGUGACAGCACCCCAACACGCUGUUGCUGUUGUCGCUUAGAGUCAGCCAGGAAACACGUUUUGGUUCUUCACUCUGUUGCCUGCAGCCAUCAGGGAUUCCCAUCGACACACACCCGCCUCAAAACUGUCACCUGCGUCACCAUCUCAAAGGUUUUUCUGACGCUUGAAGGCUGUCACCCACGGUUGCUUCUGUCGCUGAGGCAAAGACCCAACGUUAAUUUGAAAGUAAGAACCUUAUUGAAGGUUUAAGAGCGACGCUUCGUCCGAACGAGCUUCCUUUCAGAGGUCUGAAAUCACUCGAUUUGAUAUUUGAGGCGUCCGACAAACACGACGGCGUACAACACACAGUAUGAUAAAUAUACAGGUAGAGUGGGAUUUCAGUGUCGCGGGUCUUGUAUGUAAUGUUUACACAAAAACUGUCUGAAGAAAAAGUCAACAGAUUGGAGCAGAGAUGGAUGGAUGAAGUGAUAAAUGCAGUGUUUCUGUAACAAAUCAAGGCCUGCCUGGUGAAGUCUUAACACGGUUGAUAUUUCGUAACGAACGUCUUGUAAAAUAAAAUAAGUCACCCUCC